AAUCCCAGUGUCCAUCCACGCUGAGUUCUCGCGGACGUAUUGAAACAAAUUAAAACUAACGUGCAAAAAAAAAAGUUAAAGUGAUAGUGACUGUUUCUUACGCGACUGAUCGAUAAAAAACACCAAUUCAAGUAAAUUUAAACUAAAGAAAUAAUUUAAAAUGGAUACCUUGGAAGUGCCUGGCUACCCGCCUCCACCACCCCCAAAAAGACCGUCCAAACCAAAGAUAACCCUCCAAAUACCAAGCCCGGUCCAAUCUACCCCUAAAGUCCCAGCCACACCCUCAACAAUAUACUGGGGACCUACAGCAACCAAAUACUAUGGAAAAGCCCCUCAAACCCCAGCGUCUUUGAGAUCAGAUCCACAUGCAAACCCAUAUUUCAACCCUUUUAUGCACAUGUACCAAAAUAAGGCCUCCGAUUUUAUGUUCAAACAGUUUGAAGGCUUCAAAGACUUUACUAUGAAUACGGCAAAAAGCGGGCUAAGUGCGGGAGAAAAAAGUGCGUUCUGGUUCUACAAUAAGUUAAAGAUAUGGUCCAAGAAGUGGUUCACGCAUUUCUUUUUGACUAUUUGUUUGGUGCUAUACAGUAUUAUGGGAGCAGCUAUGUUCAUGGCUUUAGAAGGUUCUAAUGAGGAGCUAUAUGACAAAAAUCUAACUGAUGUUCGGAGGGAGGUGGCGACACGAAUACAGAUUGCACUGAAGAAUCAAACUUCUUUAGAGAGCAAUCCAGAUGUCCUGGAGCUAAUCGAGCAAGACCUGGAGAAGUAUGAGGAGAGCUUCAUGGAGUACCAGAAGCAUGUCAACAACCGCGACACGAAGAAGAAUACCUGGACCUUCUGGAACGCCAUGUUUUAUGCUGGCACCAUUUAUACCACCAUAGGUACUGCUUUUGAAUCAAGUGCUUUUUAUAUUUCCAGGAUGAGUGACGAAGAAAGUGAUUCUGAUUUUGUUGUAUCAAUAAAAGUUCCCGAACGAAGAGAAUCCGGAGCAACACUUCCACCGAUCAAAAAUAAACCUGACGAUAUGGAGAACGAUUCAUAUCAACAUCAGAUGUCUAUCAGAAAGAGGCGAAAUUUAUCAAAAAACCGAAGCCAGAACCCAAGACAACGUGAAAAAACUCCUGAACCAGGUAGAGCUAAUAUUCCACAUGAAGACACCACAUCUGAUGAUGAAGAAAAUGAACCACAACGAACCUCAAGGGAAAUUGAAGCCGACAACACAUAUGAAGAAAUGAAACGUUUAGUUCAAGAACAGGCUAAUGCCAAAGACCCUGUAUAUGAUUUAGAUACAGAGGAAAUUUUAGAGGCUAGAGCACAAGCAGCCAACGAACGAAGGCGAAGAAGUAUUUCACCUUUUGCAUUACCUGAUAAAGAAGACUUAUGUAAUUUGCAACGAAAAGGGAGUUUUAUUGAUCCCGAAAAUAAGUUGUUAAGUACGAAUUAUUCAAUAAGUUCUAAAGAUGAUGGCCCGAAUCGAAGAAAUUCCAUAACAAUGGAACCUCAAGAAAAACAGGAAACUAAAACUUCGUUAUCUCCUCCAGUAUCGCCUACAAAAAAAGAGUCUCCACAAACUUUACCAGCACCUGCAAAGAAGUUAGAUGAAAUGGUCUAUCCCGAUGAAAUAAAUAAAGAGACAAGUGAUAAACCGAAAACAAUUAAACCUGUUAAGAAAGAGGAACCCGUCAUCACAGAGAAAGAGGUAAAGAAAGUAAACAAAUCAGAACCUACGCCUGCACCUGGAGAGCUUGUAACUAAAGUAAUACAAGUUGAACGAACUCCAAGUAAAAAACUAACACAAGAUCAAAAACCGGUCGUAGAAGUAAGAGAAAGAGUUGUAAGAACUCCGAGCAGAAAAUCUGACACUAAACCAGUCGUCGUAAAACAAGGGGUCCCUAAAUCAACAACUGAAACACAAACUAAAGUGCCACCGGUAAAACCAGCAAGAAGCAAAUCAUCAUCAAGAUUCGUGAGUAAAACUAGCGAAAGUGAAAUGAGUGAAGAUCAAAUGACUCAACAAGAUGCUAAUUCUGGUGGAACUAGGCGCAAGAUUGUACCAACACCGCGACGGUUUAAGAAAAAUAGAUCCCCGAGAUCUCAUUCUGCUCAAAGAAUUGAAGAUACAAGAGGGCUUGAUAAAACAGGAACAGGAAUGAGCGAAACUAGUCGGGAAAUAAUAGAGUUAUUGCAAAAAGCUAGAGCUCGGAGUUUGUCGAUACCUAAAGAUGAUCCUCGACUGCCAACUGAAUAUAAACAACACAGUAGAACUUUACAAACUCCCAAUAAAACUCCAGUUAAUUUGCGACACACAAGAGGUAUAUCUUGUCCGAAAACUAUACAAAUUAUUAGUGAUAAAGAAAUUUUAUCUGGUCUGGCUAAGUCCAAAAUUAAUCUAGAGCAUGAAAGGCAUAGCAGACAUAGUUCAGGAUAUGUUGAGGCAAGCCAAUCCGAGUACACAUCUAGCUGUUAUUCUACUUCACCGAGUGAAAAUGAAUACGAAUUCGAUUUACUUGAACGAUCAGCUGAAUUAACUCGUAAACUCAAUCAAUUAAGAAAAAGGGAAAGCAGAAAUGAGAGUGACAAAAUUUCGACUGAGGAAUUCGACCAAAAACCAGAAUCAGAACCAAAAUCUGUGCUUAGAAAACGAUCAAAUGCAGGUAAAAGUUUAUCGAAGAGAGUUGAUAAAGAAAGUGCAGAUAAAAAGCCAGAAAAAGAAAAGGACAUUAAAGCCAAAAGUGCAACACGAUCGCGAUGGAAACUGAUCGCAAACUGGCAAGAAUUUAAGCAAGAAUAUAAAACAGAAUACGAUAAGAUAACAUGUCUUAGGAACAGAUGUUUUUGUGAUCUAUUUCUGAUGAUUAUAAUGUGUGGUCUAGGUGGAAUGAUGUUCAAGGCUUUAGAAGGAUCUUUUGAAAAUGCUUAUAAGUGUAGUACAAGAAAUGUGAAAAGAGAUUUUAUUGAAAGUCUUUGGCGUGGGAGCCAUUACCUUAGAGAGGAAGAUUGGAAGUCUCUAGCAAGAAACAAACUGUAUGAAUUCGAGAAUCAAUUGCAUACAGCUCAUGAGGCUGGUGUAACAUCUUAUAGUGGGCAGAGAUCUUGGAAUUUCAUGAACUCAUUUGUCUAUUGCAUGACAUUGGUGACGACUAUUGGUUACGGUCAUAUAGCUCCUAAAACAACCUACGGUCGGGUGGCCACUAUAGCUUACGCUAUUGUCGGCAUACCACUGUUCUUGAUCGUGCUGGCUGACUUCGGCAAGCUGUUCACUAGGAUCAUUAAGUUCUUCUGGGCGUUCAUUCGUCGGUUCUACUAUACACGAAGUUGCAAACGAGUCAGAAGAACAGCACCUAUGCAGGAAGUAAUGAAGGGUCUGAACACAUUCUACGACGUCGUGCGCCGGCCUUCACAGAUAUUUACGGAGGAAGAUAUAGAAGGAAGACCGAUGCCUGAUGGCGAUAAACCUCCGCCGCUGGAGAGGAAGUCCAGUGAUGUGCCUCCACCUUUACCACCAAAACCCAGCACUCUACCUAGAGACUUCGAAAACGAAACUGAACCAGAAACCCCUGCCCCAUCAGUUUUCGAAAUAGAUGACGAAUUCAAUCUACCAAUAUCUGUCGCUAUAAUCAUUCUAGUAUUUUACAUAAUCAUUGGUGCUGUAGGCUACAAUUUUUGGGAGUCUUGGAACUUCUUUGAGUCCUUCUACUUCGUCUUCAUAUCAAUGUCGACCAUUGGUUUGGGAGACAUGGUCCCUGAUCAUCCAAUGUUCAUGAUGGCAUCGAUUUUGUAUCUAGUAUUUGGUCUUGCACUUACAUCAAUGUGCAUUAAUGUUGUUCAAGUGAAAUUAUCAGAUACUUUUAAGCAAGCCAGUGCGAAGCUUGGGGCUACUAUUGGUCUGAAGGUAGCAGAAGAAGAUGGUAGUUUGGUUCCAAUGACUCCUCCUCCUAUUGAAGUUCCCGCUGUCCAUAAACCUAAGCCUGAAGCAGAAGAGAGUAGAAGUAAAGAAAUAGUGGAAGAAGACACCAAGACUAGGUAAAGCAGUUGAAUAAUCGGUUGUUAUAGGUAUCGUGUGAUUAGUAGGAAUAAGUUAUAACGUAUGUGAUAAAGUUUAUUAUUUAUUAUAUAAAGUUUUAUAAUUAUAUAUUUUAUAUUGAUGUUUGUUGCCGUGUGUGUAAAUAAAGAUUUUUA